UUGCGUAAAAUAAAGAGAACUUAAUUAAAAAUACACCGAGUUCUAACUUCGCUAAUACAUUUUCAAACAUUGAAAAAUUUAUAAUAUUUGUUUGUAGAUCUCUCUCUAGUACGGUUUAUAUCAAUAGCUAUAAUAACUAGUGUAGAUCUGAUGUAUAUAAAGUUUGUGCUUGCUCAUCUCUUCCAAAACAUCGUUUCUGACAUUUAUUGUGUAUCUUUUUGAUGCAAGUAAUAUGGAUAUCAAUAAUUACGUAUUUAUUAAUAAAAAGGUUUUAAAAUUUGUUGGCCUUUAUCCAACGAGUAUCGUGAGAUAUAUUCUGUGUUGUAUAUGUAUGAUUGCCAUUGUUAUACCGCAAGGAUUGCAAAUUUAUGAAAAUUGGCAGGAUUUCUCUACUGUACUUGAAACGAGGUAUUUAUGUGCACAAUUCCCCAUCAUUGACACAAAUUGGAUUGUUAUAUUACAAUUUGAUUACGCUUUACAAAAAAUUGAAGUAAUUCUAUUUCUUUUAUUAUCUUUAUACAGUUCAGUAUUACUCACUAUUUUACUUGCUAUAUUAAAAUCGCUAGUUUGGAUAAGUAAUAGAAGAAAAAUGGAUCCUUUUAUCGAAUACAUGUUAACAGAUUAUUGGAAUAUAUUGACAACAAAUGUUUCAAAGAAUCACACGGAUGUAUAUGCAAUGUAAAUAAACGUUUUUUUUUCCAAAUUGCAAAUGCACAAAUGCGUCUACGGAUACACAUAUAUUUCAUUGUUACUCACUUGCAGAUACGUGAAGAAAGGAUAUUUAUAUACCAAAAGAUAUUUAUUUUUGAUUUGUAACUCUUUAAUGUUCUUCUUCAGUCUACCUAUAAUCGAAAUUGUUAUUGUUACGAUCAAAGGCACCAAUAAUAGCACAAAGCAUUUUCCGUUUUUAGCUUUAUACCCAGAAACUUACUAUAGUUUUCCAAUGUACGAGGUAAGGAUUCUUACUUUCAGGAAUUCUUCGAGAUUGUUCGUGUGAUAAUAAUUCGUAUAAAAAAUUCCCGUUUACGUAGAUUACUUAUCUCUCGCAAAUGAUAGCGACAAGCUUGUGUGGCCUUGUUAUUUUGGGAACUGAUACUUUAAUUGCAACAGCGUUGUUUCACACAUGUGGCCAUUUCAAAGUACUCCAAAAAAAAAUUAAAGAUAUUGGCACCAAGAUUGAUUCCGUUAGUACUUCUUUCAAAAGUUUCUUUUAUAUAUCAUCAUCACGUAUUAUUAUAAAUUAAUAUAUUUAGGAUGAUUAUUUCGUUCUUGUAAACAUAUUAAGUCUUUUUAUUUAGGUACAACAUGUAUAUAUUAAAAAAGAUAUGCAAAAAAUUAAAUUGCAUACGAUAGAUAUUAUUAAACAUCAUUAUACGAUUCUCUGGUUUUGCGAUUAUAUGGAAACAGUUUUUAGCCCCAUGUUAUUUCUACAAACAUUAGCUAGCAGUCUCAUAAUGUGUCUAGUAGGUCUUCAAAUUGCGACUGCUAAUAUAACUGGAAAUGAAAUCUCCAAGUCGAUUAAAUACAUUUCAUAUUUAAUCAUGGCACUUUUUCAAUUGCUGCUCUUUUGUAUACCCGGUGAUGCUUUGAUAUACGAGAGUUCUAUGAUUUACAAAACUGUGUAUACAAUUGCCUGGUAUGAAUUGCCAGUUUUAUUGAAAACCGAAAUCUAUUUGCUCAUGUUGCGUAGUCAAAAACCUAGUAAAAUAACCGCAGGAAAAAUCUACGUAAUGCAUCUGGAGAAUUUUAGUGGAGUGUUAAGCACAGCUGUUUCAUACUUCAUGUUGCUUCGAAGUUUGGGCUCGGAUGAAAUUAGUGUCAAAUUAUAAAGUCGUAAAUGUGUAAUUAA